AAAAUGUGGCCCAUUGUAAUGGGAGUUCUUCGAAGGUAUGCACCAUAUGUGACACUUCCUUUUGCUGGAGUUAUUGGCUUUUUUGGAUAUCACGUUGAAGGUUGGAUAUCCGAUCGUUAUACGCCUGCAACAGCACCUAUCAGUCAACAGCGACAGGAUCGAUUACUAGACAGUAUAGAUACUGUAUCUUCAAAGAAAAAGCAUAAUCCUCUAGAAGUGAAUCUUUCACCUUCAUUAUCAUAAUUAAAGAUUAUAUACUAUUGGUUUUUUGUAUAUACAUAGAUAGAUUAAAUAUAUCUAAUAUAGUGUAAUUUAGCUAAGAAUUACUUGUGACUUAAAGAGAGUGUUAUAGAUCUUUUAUAAAUCCUAUUUACAACUGUAACAAAGGAAGAAGAUUAAUGCUAUCCUUUAAUACCUUAAAACAUUACGUAUGAAAUAAACCUUAUCAAAAUCAAAA